CUUCAUUCAUAACCAUAAAAAAAAUAAAAAGAAAAAAGAAAAAAGAAUGGAAGCUCAGACUCAGAUCCCCGACGACAGGAUGGAACUUCUCCGGAAAUUCGACAACACAAAAGCCGGUGUCAAAGGCCUGUCCGAUUCCGGAAUCCUCAAACUUCCCCGGAUCUUUGUCAGGCUGCCGGAGGACCUCUCCAAAGAUCUCUUGUGCAACAAUUCCCCAAUCCAGGUCCCCGUCAUCGACAUGGCCGAUUUCCAGGCCGACGCAGGGCGGCGCCGCCGUAUAGUUGACCAGGUGAGGACUGCGUCGGAAACCUGGGGAUUUUUCAAGGUGGUGAAUCACGGAAUUCCUCAGAGCGUGCUUGAUGAGGUCAUCAAUGGCGUCCGUGACUUCCACGAGCAAGACUUGGAGAAGAAGAAGAUGUAUUACACGCGCGAUCCCAAUAAGGCACUGAAAAUAUGCUGUAACUAUGAUUUAUUUGCGUCGAAGACCGCCGGCUGGAGGGAUACUUUGAGUGUAUCUUUUCCGGGCUUCGAUUCCGACAUUCACAGCCAUGAAUUGUUUCCUUCCUUCAGCAAAUCAACUCUAGAAUACUCUAAACUCGUCGAAUCUCUUGGAAAUGUAUUGCUCGGGUUGUUGUCAGAGGCUCUCGGACUCGAAACAGAACACUUAGAAAGAAUGGAAUGCUCUAAUGGAUACCGCCUCCAUUGCCACUACUAUCCGGCAUGCCCCGAGCCACACCUAGCAAACGGGACAGCUCAACAUUGGGACGCUGGAUUCCUCACAAUCCUCUUACAAAAUCAAAUUACGAGUGGCCUCCAAGUUCAGUACGAGGGCCAAUGGAUCGACAUUGAGCCCACUCCCGGUUGCCUAGUUAUAAACAUUGGUGAUCUCCUCCAGUUAGUAUCCAAUGGAAAAUUCAAGAGUAAUCGACAUAGAGCAGUUGCAAAUGAUGUCGGGCCAAGAAUUUCAAUUGCGUGUUUCUUCUCAGGGCCAUUGAUGAAUGGUAAAAAAAUUUAUAGACCGAUUGAAGAGUUGAUAAGUAAUGAGAAUCCGAUUGCAUAUAAAGAGAUUGUUUUAGGUGAAUAUGUCAAGAGUUUCAUUUUCACUAGUUGGGAAAGUUUUCGUGUUCUUGAUUGCUAUAAGUUGUAACCAUUUGUAAGCAGUGACGGAACCAGCUUUGCGGCUCCGGGGGUGCAAAAUUGUUAUGUUUAUUUGUUUUAUUUUUUAUUUACCGUUUAUGUUUAGUUUUAACAUAUUUCGAGCCUGUUUUUUUUAUUUGAAAUAGACAUUCGGUUGUCUCUGUGUGUACAAAAAUAAUAUAAGAACUUUUUCAUCGACUCA